AUGGGGUCAAGUCAACAAGACUCAACACACCGGUGCAAUUAUGAUCUUAUCCACCUACAAGUGCUGCAGCUCUACAAUAUAUCACCCGAGUAUACUGCAGAUAUGCGCUUCCAUUUUCCCUCUCUUUAUCUUGAGAACGUGGUUUUGUUAAAAAUUUGGCUGGAGCCAAAGACAGGAAUUUGCAAAUGCAAAACACGAUUAUAUGGCAAAGUAGCUCUUAUUACUGGGGGAAACUCUGGCAUCGGAUUAGAAACCGCCAGAGACUUAGCAAAAAGAGGUGCGAGGGUCAUAAUUGCUUGCAGGAAUGCCGCGAAAUCUGAGCAAGCAGUCACUGAUAUAAUUGCUACUACGGGGAAUACAAAUGUAGAGUACAGAAGUUUGAAUCUUUGUAAAUUCAACAGUGUGAGAGAUUUCGCUGAGGAUUUCAAUAAAACAGUGGAUCGUUUGGAUAUUUUGGUCAAUAAUGCUGGAUGUGCUUGUCUGCCUGACCGUACUUCCGACGACGGUAUAGAUCUUGUAAUGCAAACAAAUCACUUAGGACCGUUUCUCCUUACAAAUUUGCUUAUGGAUAAACUAAUAUCAUCGAAACCAAGUCGCAUUGUAAUCGUUUCAUCUUAUCUCCAUAAUUUUGGUCGUUUGGAUCUUGAAGAUAUUGCUGGCAUAAAUACAAAAGGAGACUUCCUUAAAUACGCAAACAGUAAGCUUUGUAACGUUCUUUGGAUGAAAGCCUUGGCGAAAAGACUUCCGAAAGGUGUUAUUGUCAAUGCAUUGCAUCCAGGAUUGGUAAAAACCGAUAUUUUUAAAAGGUUACCAUCAUAUGUAAGGAAAAUUAUUAACAUUUUAACGGAUUUAAUGUUUAAGAAUUCUAAAGAAGGUGCUCAAACUACUAUACAUCUGUGUGUUUGUGAAGAACUAACUGGUUUUACCGGCGGGUACUAUAAAGACUGCAAGCUCCAUCCAUACCACAAGAUAUGUGACGAUGCCGAUUUUGUUAAUAUGUUUUGGGAUAAGUGUCUUUUACUUACUUCGAGAAGAGAACGAGAUUUGUAG